GCUCAGCUCCGGGGUAAUGGAGGCUGAGGAUGAGUGCUGACGGGGCCGGACUCUGGUUCCAGCUUUAGCUCUGCCUCUGGCACUGACUCAAGGUCUGGUUCUGGUAGCCUAAAGACUGGACCACCUUCACUUGACUCUCCAGGCGGGCACGGCUUGCGGACAGGCAGCUAGUCUGGAGCGCUUUCAGGCCGGGAGGGCGUUCUCUUGCUUGGGGUCUGUUCUGAAAAGCCUCCGCUUCCUCCUAGGGACCCCGCCCCACCGGCCGGGCCUCCUCCAUGCGGUUGAAGUAGGUUGGCAACCAUUAACCUGGGUUGCAACUACAGGUGGCACUGGAAGCAGACUGGUUCCUGGACAUGCCCGGUGGAAGGAGAGGCCCUAGCCGGCAGCAGCUAAGUCGUUCAGCUUUACCUUCUUUACAGACUUUGGUUGGUGGGGGCUGUGGCAAUGGAACAGGAUUGAGAAACAGGAAUGGUAGCGCUUUUGGUCUUCCAGUCCCACCUAUCACAGCCUUAAUCACUCCAGGUCCUGUUCGUCAUUGCCAAAUUCCUGACUUGCCUGUGGAUGGGAGCCUGCUCUUUGAGUUUCUUUUUUUCAUCUACCUGUUGGUUGCUCUGUUCAUUCAAUACAUCAACAUCUAUAAAACUGUGUGGUGGUAUCCUUAUAAUCAUCCUGCAUCUUGUACUUCACUGAACUUUCAUCUCAUUGAUUAUCACCUGGCAGCAUUCAUCACAGUGAUGCUUGCAAGAAGGCUUGUAUGGGCCCUCAUCUCAGAGGCCACUAAAGCGGGUGCAGCAUCUAUGUUUCACUACAUGGUUCUGAUAUCAGCGCGCUUGGUGCUACUUACUUUGUGUGGAUGGGUGCUUUGUUGGACUCUGGUCAAUCUCUUUCGAAGCCAUUCAGUCCUCAAUCUCCUCUUCCUUGGCUACCCGUUCGGUGUUUAUGUCCCUCUUUGCUGUUUCCACCAAGAUAGUAGAGCUCAUCUUCUCCUCACAGACUAUAAUUAUAUGGUUCAGCACCAAGCGGUAGAGGAAAGUGCCUCGACUGUGGGCAGCUUGGCCAAGUCCAAAGACUUCCUCUCCUUAUUGUUGGAGUCUCUAAAAGAACAGUUUAAUAACACCACGCCCAUCCCCACCCAUAGUUGCCCGCUGUCUCCAGACCUUAUUCGCAAUGAAGUAGAAUGUUUGAAAGCAGAUUUCAACCACAGAAUCAAGGAAGUCCUCUUCAACUCCCUUUUCAGUGCCUACUAUGUUGCGUUUCUCCCCCUGUGUUUUGUGAAGAGUACCCAGUAUUAUGACAUGCGCUGGUCAUGUGAGCACCUCAUUAUGGUGUGGAUCAAUGCUUUUGUCAUGCUCACCACACAACUGCUGCCAUCCAAAUACUGUGAUUUGCUACAUAAAUCAGCUGCUCAUCUGGGCAAGUGGCAGAAGCUAGAACAUGGGUCCUACAGCAAUGCUCCCCAGCACAUUUGGUCACAAAAUACAAUAUGGCCUCAAGGGGUGCUGGUGCGGCACAGCAGGUGUUUAUAUAGAGCCAUGGGGCCUUACAACGUGGCAGUGCCUUCAGACGUAUCCCAUGCCCGCUUUUAUUUCCUGUUUCAUCGUCCGUUAAGGCUGUUAAAUCUACUCAUCCUUAUCGAGGGCAGUGUUGUCUUCUACCAGCUCUAUUCCUUGCUGCGGUCAGAGAAGUGGAACCACACACUUUCCAUGGCUCUCAUCCUCUUUUGCAACUACUAUGUUUUAUUUAAGCUCCUCCGGGACAGAAUAGUAUUAGGCAGGGCAUACUCCUACCCACUCAACAGUUACGAACUCAAGGCAAACUAAGCUGCCUCUCAACGAUGAGGGAGAACUCAGAUAAAAAUAUUUUCAUACGUUCUAUUUUUUUCUUGUGAUUUUUAUAAAUAUUUAAGAUAUUUUAUAUUUUGUAUACUAUUAUGUUUUGAAAGUUGGGAAGGGUAAGGGAUAUUAAAUGUAUCCGCAAACAAGGUGACGUGAUCUUUCAUGUUUUAGUAUCUUUGAAUAAUAUACAUAUGAGAGCUUUGCCUCUCCAGUAAAAGAUUGAUUUGUUUGUAUGGCCUUGGAAUAACUUGCAUUUAUGAACACAUCUCUUAUAUCACUUGACGUAAUAUCUUUGGUGUGUCUGCUUUCUUUCUAGUCCUUCUUACUGUCUUUAGUUCUUAGCUGGCCAGGAAUUAUUGGUAUAGGAAGGGCGAUGAAUGGAGUUGUCUUCCAGCUCUAAUCUCUCUUAGUUCACUGGCCAGUAGUGUUAUAAAUACUAUAGCAAAAAGUAAGCUAAAGCCAUGGGUGGUUCUGUUUGUUUCCUGCUGGGAGGAAACAUUUCUGAGAUGGCGUCUUGGCUGGUCUGUUCUACCUUGUAACAUUUAAAGAUACUUUUGAAUAAGCUGCUGUCCUGAGGUUCAGGUUUUGCUGUCACUUUUCCUGUUCUUUCACUUCUUUUGCUUCCAAAGCUUUUCCUUUAGUUGUUUGAAGUAAUAAUUUUCAAAGACAGAAAGCUUUUAGAGUGCCUAGUUAUGAAGGAGAUGAUGUGUAAUUGGCCCUGUGGGAGAAAACGAGUGUAAAGGGCCAUGUAAACUAGCGUGUGGGUGUAUUGAAAAUACCCAAGUAACUGGAAGAACAAGCAAACCCCCAGUUAAACAAUCUUGGGCACAACCUAGCAGCAACCAUUUAGAAUGGCAUCAUGUUUGGAGUUAUGAAGGGAUGUGAAAUACAAGAAAUUACUGCUUUGUCCUUAGAGAAUUUGAUCUAGAUCCAAAAUGUGUGUUUUAAAUUUCAUACUCAAAGGCUGGGGAUGUAGUUCAGUGGUACAUGCUUGACUGACAUGCACAAGGCCCUGGGCUUAUACAUGUUUGUGAGUCAAUAAAUAAAUUUCAUACUCUGGAACCUUCAUGUUUGUGAACAUUAACCCUUCAGGGUAUUACCUCCCAUGCUCUUGGGGGGUGAUGUACUUAGUCCGCUGAAGUCAUCAGUUAUCUAAACUUCUACGGUCUUGUCCUGGAGAACCUAAAAUAGAUUGUCAUGUUUUUGUUUUUCCCCCAUCUCUGAUAAUAAUGUUUUCUGUGCUUAGUUUUUUCACACUGAAACUUUGGGUGAUGCAAAAAUACAACUUUAUGAAGUAAAACACCAAUCAUGUAACUCAUAAACUGCAUCUGAAAACAGUUCUUACGGAAGAAUUCCCAAAAGAGAAUAACAAGUCUAAGGAAUAGAUGAAUAGGGGGACAAAGGAGAAUGAUGGAGGGGGUGAAUUCAACUAUGAUAUAUUGUAAAAACUUUUAUAAAUGUCACAAUGUGCCCCAAG